AUGAGCGGACAAGUCGGGGACCUGAGCCCGCGGCAGGAGGAGGCACUGGCCAGGUUCCGGGAGAACCUCCAGGAUGUGCUGCCCACCCUGCCCAAGGCUGAUGACUACUUCCUUCUGCGCUGGCUCCGAGCUCGGAACUUUGACCUUAAGAAAUCUGAGGACAUGCUCCGGAAGCAUGUGGAGUUCCGGAAUCUGCAUGACCUGGACCACAUCCUCACGUGGCAGCCAUCAGAGGUGAUCCAGCUCUACGACUCAGGCGGUCUCUGUGGCUAUGACUACGAAGGCUGCCCUGUGUGGUUUGACAUCAUUGGGACAGUGGACCCCAAGGGGCUCUUGAUGUCAGCUUCUAAACAGGACAUAAUCCGGAAGCGGAUCCAAGUCUAUGAGCUGCUUCUUCAUGAGUGUGAGCUGCAGAGUGAAAAGUUGGGCAGGAAGAUUGAGAGAAUGGUGAUGGUAUUCGAUGUGGAAGGGCUGGGCCUGAGGCACCUGUGGAAGCCAGCUGUGGAGGUCUACCAGCAGUUUUUUGCCAUCCUGGAAGCAAAUUAUCCUGAGACGGUGAAACAUCUAAUCGUUAUUCGAGCUCCCAAGCUUUUCCCGGUGGCCUUCAACCUGGUCAAGCCCUUCAUGGGUGAAGUGACGCAAAAGAAGAUAGUGAUUCUGGGCGCUCACUGGAAACAGGAGCUACUCAAGUUCGUGAGCCCUGAUCAGCUCCCUGUGGAAUUCGGGGGGACUAUGACUGAUCCUGAUGGCAACCCCAAGUGCCUGACCAAGAUCAACUACGGGGGUGACGUACCCGAGCGCUAUUACAUGUGCAAGCAGGAGAGGCCGCAGUACGGACACACUGUGGUUGUGGGCCGAGGCUCCUCCCACCAGGUGGAGAAUGAGAUCCUGUUCCCAGGCUGUGUGCUCAGGUGGCAGUUUGCAUCAGACGGUGGAGACAUUGGCUUCGGGAUUUUCCUGAAGACCAGAAUGGGGGAGCGACAGAAGGCCGGGGAGAUGGUGGAGGUGUUGCCCAGCCAGCGCUUCAACACCCACAUGGUCCCUGAGGACGGGAGCCUCACCUGCCUCAAGGCCGGAGUCUACGUCCUGCGCUUUGACAACACCUACAGCCUCCUGCACACCAAGAAGGUCAGCUACACAGCAGAGGUGCUGCUCCCAGACAAGGCCUGUGAGGAGACGUUGCAGGGCCUCCAAGCAACAAGCCCUCCUCAGGACAGUGAAGACUCUAGCCGCCUCUGA